AAGGCAGAGUGGUCGCAGCCGCAACAGGUCGAGAAAAUGGGGUCCUUGGGUCGAAGGAGCAUGUCCACGGUGGCGAAAGCGGUGGCAGAAAUCACAGGCACCGGCAACACCAAGAUCCGCAAAUCUUCAAGUGAACUCUGCAACUUUCUCGGUAUCCCUCGCCACUCUCGUUCCGAAAUUGCCCUCAUUCUCUCCAAGUUCAUCAAACUCUACAAUUUCCGGAGUCCUGGUAUUAAGAAGGAUAAGAUUUGGGAGCAGAAUUUGCAAUCGUUGUUGCGUGGAAGAAACAGUGUUGGCUUUCCUGAGAUUGCUAAGAUCCUGUCCUCGGAAUUCAGCCAGGGUGCCAUUAAUGUGAAGGACAGUAACAUGGAUUCUUCAAUGGAUAGUACAAAGGGGAAAGGUUCUCAAAAGAAAGGGAAGCCUUCUAAGAAGUAGGUCCUCCACACGCGUGUCCUUAUUUUGAGAACCCAAUUUAGGUUUUUGAAAAAGUUGAAAUUUUCUGUUUGCUCAAUCUGCUAUUUUGCAUGAUAACGUGAUGAGUGAGUUUCAGUGGCAGACUGUUGAGAAAGGUUGGUUAUUGUGUUGGUGUCCUUUGAAAUAAUCUGAGUUCUCUCACUAUGCUCUUUUGGCACAUUCAUCACUGACAUGAUAUACUUGUUCUUUUGUUCAAGGAACUGAAAAAACUAUAUUAAUCUGCUCUUUUUAUUUGUUAUUGUGGCAGAUAAAGAAUUCAUGUAUUAUGCUCAUCGAUGAAUGAAAAAGAAUGUUAGCUUCUCUA